UCUAAGUAGUUCAGUGUUUAAUUUUAAUGAGGUUUAUGAACGUUUAAAAGAAUUUAAACAGAAUUUUACUAAAAAUAGACAUACGCAAUCAACACUAUAUUUUGCAAAAGUGGAUGUCCAAUGUUGUUUUGAAUCAAUCGAUCAAGAGCAAGUCUUGGAAGUAGUUAAUGAUGUAUUAAAAGAAAGUGAAUAUGUCAUUCAUAAAUAUGAUGUAGUUUGCCAGAAGGGUAAUACCAUGCGUUCGUUUUAUAAAUAUUAUGCCAACUCGAAAG